CCCGGGGUGGGCACACGGGGAGCACCGGGGGUGACAUCCCCUGACAGUGACAGCGACAAUGCCACCCUGCUGGUGCCACCUUGCCGGUGCCACCGUGCCGGUGCCACCGCGGCGGUGCCAGCGGCGCUGUCCCCGUGUCCCCAGGCGCUGGACCUGCAGCGGCCCAUCGACAAGCGCGUCUACAAGGGCACGCAGCCCACGUGCCACGACUUCAACCAGUUCACGGCGGGCGCCGAGACGCUGCCGCUGCUCGUGGGCUUCUCGGCCGGCCAGGUGCAGUACCUGGACCUGGCCAAGAAGGACAGCGCCGGCCGCCUCUUCAACGAGGAGCGCCUCAUCGACAAAUCCAAGGUCACCUUGGUCAAGUGGCUGCCGGACACCGAGCGCCUGUUCCUGGCGUCCCACGCCAGCGGCCACCUGUACCUGUACGACUCGGAACAACCCUGCGGCGCCACCAGCCCUCAGUACACCCUGCUCACUCAGGGCGAGGGCUUCAGGGUCUUCUCCUGCAAGAGCAAAACCCCCCGGAACCCCCUCCUCAAGUGGGCCGUGGGCUCGGGGCCGCUCAACGAGUUCGCCUUCUCGCCGGACGGGCGCUCGCUGGCGUGCGUCAGCCAGGACGGCGUGCUCAGGGUCUUCCACUUCUCCUCCAUGCUGCUGCAGGGUAUGAUGAGGAGCUAUUUCGGGGGGCUUCUCUGCGUCUGUUGGAGCCCCGACGGUCGUUACGUGGUCACCGGAGGCGAGGACGACCUGGUCACCGUGUGGUCGUUCGCCGAGGGACGCGUGGUGGCCCGCGGUCACGGCCACAAGUCGUGGGUUAACGCCGUGGCUUUCGAUCCUUUCACCACCGCGCCCACGCCGCCGACGCCUCCCGAUGGGCACCGGGACGGCGGCGACCCCCCCGAGGACCCCCCGAGCGUCACCUACCGGUUCGGUUCUGCCGGCCAGGACACGCAGUUCUGCCUGUGGGAUCUGACCGAGGACGUGCUGGACCCCCGGCCGCCCCCUCCCCGCGCCCGCCCCGCCGCCGCUCCCGGGGAUCCCCCGCCUUCCGUGCCGGGGCUGCCGCGCUCCUUGUCCCGCUCCAACAGCCUCCCCCAACCGGGCGGGGGUCCCCAAAUCUCUCCGCGGGUCCCCCCGGUGCUGAGCGUGGGGCGUUUCGCCACGCUGACCCUUCGGGACCCCCGCGGGGUCCCCGAGAAGGAGCACAAACGUUACCACAGCCUGGGCAACAUCAGCCGGGGAGGGGGCAACGCCGAGAAACCCACCCCCGGCGCUGGGCCGGGGGCUUCGCGGGGGUCUCUGGACAUGGCCAAGGUGUUGGGGACGGCGCUGUGCCCGCGGCUGCACGAGGUGCCCCUGCUGGAGCCGCUGGUGUGCAAGAAAAUCGCCCAGGAGAGGCUGACGGUGCUGCUGUUCCUGGAGGAUUGUAUCGUGACAGCCUGCCAGGAGGGGCUCAUCUGCACCUGGGCACGGCCCGGGGUCUCU